AUGAUGCGCACCAGCGAUUUCGACUACCACCUCCCCGAAGAGCGCAUCGCCCAAGCUCCCGCCGAACCCAGGGACUCUUCGCGUCUGCUGGUGCUGCCCCGCUUUGCGACCGGCCCGGCAAACGCCGGGGAAAUUCAGCACCGCACUUUCCAGCAACUGCUCGACUAUCUGCGCCCCGGCGAUCUGAUGGUGUUCAAUCGCAGCCGGGUGAUUCCGGCGCGGCUGCACGGCACGGAGGUGCAUUCCGGCGCCCGUGUCGAAGUGCUGCUGGUGCGCCAACAGGAACCCAACAUCUGGCAGGCGUUGGGGCGCCCGGGCCGGCGGUUGCGCGUGGGAGCCGAGGUGGUGAUUGGCACAGACGUAGAGGGCGGCGAGUCGUCGUCUGCUCGCAUAGAAGUGAUUGCUGCUCACCAAAACGGUCUGCGCACCGUGCGGCUCUCCGAUGACAACGCUCUGGAACACCUGGGAGAGCUGCCGUUGCCGCCCUACAUCAAGGAAACCCCGCGCGACCCGGGACGCUAUCAGACCGUGUACGCUGAUGUUCCGGGCAGCGUGGCGGCUCCAACCGCGGGCCUGCAUUUCACCGACCGGCUCCUGGCCGACAUUCGGGCAGUGGGCGUAUCAACCGAGUGGGUUACUCUGCACGUUGGGCUUGACACUUUCCGACCGGUGCACAGCGAGGACAUCGCCGAGCAUCAGAUCCACACCGAGUGGUACGAACUGCCAGCCGAUACCGCCGAGGCCAUCAACACCACCAGACAAUCGGGCGGGCGGGUCAUCGCCGUGGGCACCACCACCGUGCGGACGCUGGAGCAAGUCGCUCAGGACGCCAACACUGCCAACCUUGAUAGCAUCGGUCCGGCUACCGGUGACGCCAGCCUGUUCAUCCUGCCCGGGCACCGCUUCCGGCUGGUGGAUGGAAUGCUGACCAACUUCCACCUGCCCCGAUCCACGUUGCUCGAUGCUGGUGUCUGCCUUCGCCGGACGCGAGCGCGUGUUGGCCGCCUACCAGACUGCGGUUGCCGACGGUUACCGCUUCUACUCGUUCGGCGACGCCAUGCUCAUCUUGUGAGAUGGUAUCAAAAGCUGACUAGCUAA